UGCAACAAAUCGUUUCCCCUCUUCGUUUUGAGCUCUUGACGUUGGUACCGCGAGAUUCCUUCCAUGGAUCUAUCCAUUGUCAAGCUCCUCGAAGAAGACGAUGAGGUUGACUCUAAGCAUUCGGAAUAUGACUUGAAAGUGUUUCAGGACGCUCUGAUUCGAGAUAUUGAAGGUCAGCCCUGGGAGAAUCAUUCCCAUGUUCCCCAAGCAAGUAACCUGAAGCCUAUAAACAAUCCUAUUGGUGAUGAAUCAGAAAGACCGCAACCUCAGUAUAUGAAACUGCAAAAGAUGAGUAGCCAACAAGCUCAUGGGGUGGAUCAGACUGUUGACCCCGUGAAUCAUGGUGUUACAGUAGCACGAGUUUGUGAUUUGCUUCGUAUCUUGGAAGACCACCACCAACCCGACAAAGUUAUAAAGACGCAUUGUCUUACCCUGUAUUAUAAAGUCAAGAGAAAAGAACUUACAAUAGAAGAGUUCAUGCAACAACUGAGAGAUCUUGUAGGUGAUCAGAUAACCAGAUCGAUGAACUAUAUGUGUAACCAGGGAAAUAUGGGGAUCAAAGUACCCGGACGCCCAAACCAUGACAAAGUGUCUAAAUCUGCUGAAAUCAUUGCUCAAGAAUCUGAUCUUCGUGAAGUUCAUGAUAACCAACUGCCUUCUACAACUUCAGGCACCUUAAGCAGGUCGGCUACCGCGCAGGGAUUAAAUAAGCAUCCCGAGCAACACAUGCAGCUUCCAUCAAGUUCUUUUCAUAUGUAUACCAACUCUGGAAGUCUGAAUCCAUACCCAGGGACAAAUGUCACUUCUCCUGGUUCAUCAUCGAGAGCAAAGCUUCCUGAUUUCCAGCACAUAGAAAACAAUCAGAAUGUGCGACCAGCCAUUGUUGAAGGACCAACCAAGUUUACAAUAAACAUGACGACAGUACCCAAGUUUGAGAGGCCAACUUCUGUAAAUGGUCCAGGUAGGGUUCUGGAUGGUCCUAUAUCUGACUUCCAAAAGAACUCAUCCUUGCCUCUAUAUUCUGCUCCUUGGCGAGGAUCAGUCACCAAGGACCAUACAGUGGGCCCUUCUUCAUCAGUGAUCCAUGUGGAGCAUAAAUUGAUUGAUCAAAGUUUUGAACAGGCACAGAAGCCUCGUUCUUUGGUGCAGCAAGGCGUGACUAAUGUUCCACUGAAACAGAAGAAUGCUAUUCCAAUUAGUUCAAAUGAUGACUUGGAGAAGCAGUCUUCUAAAAUGGGUUUAUUCAAAUCAACCACCUCUGCCAGCUCUGUUUCUCCUCCAAUGACAACACAGCUGGACUCUAGCACGAUGGUUAAUUUACCUGCCCCAUCUGAGACCAUUCCCAAGAUUGCUAAUGUUACGGUGACACCCAAAAUGCCUUCUGUUGGUCAGAAGAAACCUCUUGAGGCACUAGGUUCUUCGCUGCCACCAUCAAGAAAGAGGCAAAAAAUAUGUGGGACUUUUUCAGAUGAAAGUAUUGAAAAGUUUAAUGAUGUCACUGCAGUCAGUGGCAUUAAUCUCAGGGAAGAGGAAAAACGACUAUUAGGUUCUGGUCCUAAAAAGAACGGUGGUGUUUCUAAAGCAUCUCAAAUAGUUGUGCAUGAAGAGGAAGAUGGAACAAUUUUGCAGAAAAUUCCACUGAAGAGAAAGCUGACAGAAAUUAUGGCAACAAGUGGUUUAAAUCAUAUAGACCAUGAUGUAGAGCGGUGCUUGUCUCUGUGCAUAGAGGAGAGGAUGCGAGGACUAUUGUCUAAUAUAAUACGAAUAUCAAAGCAGCGGACUGAUGCCGAGAAGUGUAGAAAUCGGACUUUUAUCACGUCUGAUAUCCAGAAAGAAAUUAAUGAAAUGAAUCAGAAGGUGAAAGAGGAAUGGGAAAAGAAACAUGCUGGAGAAGAAAAGAACGAAGAAAAUGAUACUGAAAAAGAAGACCAACGUUCAAAAGAAGUGAAGGCAAAUAAGAAGGACGAAGAUAAAAAGAGAGCCAAGGCUGCAAAUGUUGCUGUUCAUGCAGCCAUUGGAGGAGAUGAUAGGUUUUCAAAAUGGAAACUUAUGGCUGAAGCACGUCAGAAAUCUUCUCCAGGGCCAAGAAACUCCAAGAAACUUUCUGGUGAAAUUGUUGGUACACAAUUUAGGAAGAACCAAGGUUUACCAAAAGUAGUCCGGUCCAUCUCUGUAAAGGAUGUGAUUGCUGUGGUGGAAAAGGAGCCUCAGAUGUCAAGAUCAACGCUAUUGUAUUGCUUAUACAAUAGAAUCUGCUCGGAUGUUUGAACCCAAGAAAAGACAUGAAACUUU